GUUGCCAUUCUCCUGUGAGCGAUGGCGGCAAGUACUGACUAUCUCUAUCCCGUCCUGGUAGAAGGGGACUGGGGUCCAGACGUCGCUAAAGUUUUGAAAACUAAACUUCAGCUUUAUUUCCAAAGUCGAAAAAAAUCGAACGGCGGAGACUGCGUAGUGGAAUAUGAGGAUCUGUCAGCAAAGCAAGCAAUAGUCUGUUUCGCCUCCCCGGAAACAAGAUGUCGAGUGUUAGAGAAAGAGUCACAUGAAAUCGAUUUGCAAAAGAGAGGAAAACUUCGCUUAACUGUCAAAUCUCUAGGAGAUGCUGAUGGGGACUGUGCCACAACACCACAACUGGCUUCAAGACAGUCUGACCUGGAUACUGUAAGAAAACUACGCAAGACAGAAACAGGUGCUCAGGCAGUGUUGAACCAAGAAGCUCAUUCAGUGGAGAAUGACCAAUUAAUGAGGAAACUUCAUGAAGAUAAGAAUGAAGAUCCUAUACAAUCAUCAGCUGUAGUGCUACGAAAUCUUCCGAAAAGUUCCACAUGCGAAAUGCUAAGUCUACUGAUUGAAAAUUUUACUGGAUUAACUCAAGAAGCUGAUCAUUUCAGUGUGGAAAUAUUGAAUGAAAUGAAUGUGGCAGUUGUGACAUUCAAAACUAACAUUGACACAAAUGACUUCAUUGAAAAGUGCUCCAGAAAAGUAUUGAGUAACAGCCAACAGAUUAUGGCACAGCAGCUGGAGAUAACAACAAGUGUGAGAGUGGAGAAUCUACCUUCCAAUGUCAGUGACCAAUUCUUAAAACUGUACUUUGAAAAUCCGAGAAAUGGAAGCGGAGAUGUGACUGCCAUUGAAAUGGCACCUGAGGACAAUGUAGCAAUUGUUUCUUUUGAAAGUUCUAAUGUUCUGGAUACCAUCUUGGCUAAAACACACAUUAUUGAGGAAACUCCAGUCUAUGUCUAUCCCUACUUCAAGAGUUUGGGUUCAGCUUUAUAUGGCAACAAAGGACCAGUUGUGAAAAUGCCUGAUCCCUUCACCAUCAAGAUUAAUCCCUACGUCUUACAGUUUCUUAAGAAAGACAGAAGGCGAAUUGCAGAAAUCAAAGACAAAAUGUCAGUGCAUCAUUGUAACAUUGACACAGACUUGUCAGAUUCUAUCAAGAUAUCUCCAACGUUUUCAGGACAAGAAAAUUCAUUCAAAAAACUUGUUAAGAAGUGGAAUCAAGUGGCUUCAGAUAAUUUAACUGAUAUCCUGUCAAAAUACAAAGCCGUUGAAAAUAAUGUGAGGCGACAUAUCUGGGAAACAAUUCAGAGAGAUCUUGACCAGUAUUUGAACCAAGAUAUUGUUGUCAUACCAGCUAUUUCAAAUGGACAAGUAAUAGUCGCUGGAGAAUCUGACAGUGUAGAUACUUUUCAACAAUUAUUCCAAUCAGUUGUGUGUAAAGCCAUUGAUGAAUUGGAAAGAAAGAAACAGAGUUUGACUGAGAAAGUGAACUGUGAUCCUGCUGAAUAUAAUUUAUUAUUGAGCACUGGUCUUGAAAAGCGUAUUUCCACAACAUUCCCAAACAUUAAAAUGGAAUGGAAUGCAUCUGCAGGUCAUAUUACAUUAUAUGGUUUGCCUAAAGAUGUUUAUGCUGCCAAAAGUGACAUUUUAGAAGAACGUGUUCAAGUAAAAAGAAAACAAGUUGAUAUGAACCCUCACCUUAUUGAUUUUCUACAAAAAUUAGAUUCCACUGAAAUGUCCUGCUGCUUGUUCAUAUCAAAUGGAAUCAAUGCUGUGUAUGACAUUAAAGAUAACAACAUGCUACUGAUAGGAAGUAAGGAUUGUUUUUUACGUGCAGCAGAGGAACAGAUCAGAAAACAUUUGAAUUUCAAAUAUAUUGAGGUAGAAGAUUCAGGAGUCAUUAAAAUGCAUGAGUGGGCACAACUGAAAAGAAAAUUGUGCAUGAAGCUAAAUUCUCCCAUGAUACAGGUUGAAAUCAAGGAUAUGCCACUAGAUGACCAUGUGCAGGUCAUUAUCUUUGGCUAUUCUGGGCCUGUCAUGGAUGUUUUUGAAAUGCUUUCAGAUUUUGUCAAGAAAAACACAAUCAUUCAAAAAGAAGUUUCCUUGAAAUCUGCUGGAAUCCUGCAGUUUUUGAUGGAUAUUAAGAAACUUGAUUUUCUCCACCCAGCAGCAAAGGACCUGAAAAUUGAAGUUAAUAUUGUGAAAAAUAGUUCAAGUGUUUUACUAUCUGGUCCCCAAGUGUAUGUCCUUAAAAUAGAGAAUGAUCUUUUAAGUGAAGCUGCCAAGGUAAUUAGUUCUGUCUUUGAAAUUACUAAACCGGGAACAAAGAAGGUUUUCAAAGGAAAAGAAGAUAUGUAUGUUUCUACAGUGAUGCAUAAAUUUGGUUGCAUUCUAAAGAUGGUUGAGCCUGGAGUCUUUGGAGACAAUGCUAAAUUGGGCAAAGCUCACUAUAAAGUGCAGUUACCUGGUGGGCCUUUAGUAAUUGUUUAUAAAGGAGACCUCUGCAAGACUGAAGUUGAUGUGGUUGUCAAUGCAGCAAAUGAAGAACUGCAGCACAUUGGAGGCCUUGCAGCAGCUCUACUAAAAGCAGCUGGCCCAAUAUUGCAAACUGAUUCCAACCGGAUUGUUAACAGUCAAGGAUCCCUUGCACCUGGAGGUGCAGUUAUUACUGGUGCUGGUAAACUACCAUGUUCCAGAGUAAUUCAUGCAGUUGGUCCAAGAUGGAUGGCAACUGAUGCAGACAAAGCUAAGAAAGACUUAAGGAAGGCCAUAAUUCAAAGUCUGCAUCUUACAGAAAGCCACAAUUUGAAGACUAUAGCAAUUCCUGCUAUUAGUUCAGGAAUAUUUGGAUUUCCAUUGAAUUUAUGUGCAGAAGUCAUUGUCAGAUCAAUAAGAGAGCACUAUCUUAAUUCACGGGGUGGCAGUUCAAUAAAAGAAAUCCAUUUAGUAAAUCUUGAUGAACAAACAGUUCAAGCCGUUUCAGUUGCAGUUCAGAAAAUCUUGGGUGAAUUUGCACUUAUUGGACCUACUCCCACACCUCCAAAAACGCCUUACAGUGGCAGCAAGAUAAGCAACAGAAGCAUGAAUUGUGUGCAUGAAGCCCAGACAAAGGAAGGUCUAAAUGUUUUUAUUCUCAAAGGCGGAAUCCAAGAUGUAGCUACUGACGUCAUUGUAAAUGUAAUUGGAAUGGAUUUUGAUCUUAGCAGUGGUGCAGUUUCCCAAGCACUGUUAAAGAAAGCUGGUCCGAAACUCCAACAGUUACUGUUACAUGAAAAGAUGAGUAAAAAGCAUGCUGUAGGAAAAAUUAUCGAAACAAAAGGAUGUAAUCUUAACUGUACUGAAGUCUUUCAUGUUAUUGCUCCUGGUUGGGAUCAAGGGAAGGGAGAUGCAUGCAAGUUGUUAAAAAAUAUAAUCAAAGACUGUCUAAAGAAUAUAGAAGCAUUACAGCUGUCUUCCAUCGCAUUCCCAGCAAUUGGAACAGGAAAAUUGUGUUUUCCAAAGGAUUUUGUUGCAAGCUUGAUGAUUGAAAUUGUUGUCAAGUUCAGUAGUAAGAGAAAUAUAAAACACCUUCAGAACGUUUAUUUUGUGAUACAUCCUGAUGAUGAUUCUACUUUACAGGCAAUGUCCCACGAAUUCAAAAGAACUUUUAACCCCCAGCAGAAAAUGACGCAGAAACCCUCAGAGAAUGUGUUUGGAACAGUUUCCUCACAUGCAUUAAAUCAUGUUGAAGUUCAAAUAGGACCGAUUUCAAUGGAAGUUGUAACAGGAGACAUAACGUGUGAGAAAACUGAUGUCAUUGUCAACUCAACAAACAGUAACUUCACUCUGAGAGCAGGUGUUUCCAAGGCGAUACUAGAUGCUGCGGGUCAAACUGUAGAAGAUGAAUGCAAAGUCCUUGGCAUCCAGCCAAAUAAUGGAAUAAUAACAACAAAUGCAGGAAACUUAGCGUGUAAAAAGAUAAUUCACAUGGUUGGACAAACAGACCCAAAUCAAAUACGAGCUUUUAUUGGUACAAUUCUUCGGAAGUGUGAAGAUGAGAAAUUUUCCUCAGUUGCUUUCCCUGCACUCGGAACAGGACAAGGACGAGUAAACCCUUCCCAAGUUGCCAAUGCAAUGAUUGAUUCAGUCGGUGAUUUUGUAAGCAGACAAUCUUCAACUUAUUUGCGGAAGAUUCGCAUUGUUAUUUUUCAACCACAAAUGUUCAGUGAAUUUCAGAACCAUCUGCAAAAACAUGAUAGGUCUAAUCUGACAGAAUCAGAAUCUUUGUGGAAUAAAGCAAAAAAUGCAGUUGCAGGAUUUUUUUGGCCUGAUCAAAGUAAAGAGAAGAAACAACACUUUACUGAAGACUAUAUUGUAUUCAAAGAUCAGAUAGAUCCUGUUCCGUUUGAAAUCUGUGGAGCAAGUGAGCAAACUGUAGAAAAGGCAAAAUCCUGGAUCGAACAGUUAAUUUUUUCAGAACAUGAUAUGAAAGUCAUUAGCAGUGAUUACUUAUUUCAGUUCUCUGAAAAAGAAGAAGAAGAAUUAACAGCACUCCAGAAGAAACUGGAAAUCAAAAUAGAGUUGAAAUUGAAACCAUCUGGAGCUGAGGCCAUUGUUUCUGGCACCGCUAAGGAUGUUUCAUCUGCUUAUUUGAAAAUUCAAGAAAUGAUUAAUAAUCUGAGAGAAAGCGAAUUCAGAAGAAGAGAUGAAGAACUUCUCAACAAUUUAGUAGAAUGGUCCUUUGAACAAGGCGCACAGUUCAUGCCUUUUGACAAGGCUGUCAACCUCAAUCUGGAAAAGGCAUUCAAUGAAGACAAAACUCAACUCAUCAUUGAUUGGCAAGCCAAACAUUGGAAGGUGGAUUUAAGAAAAAAUACUGCAGUUGACAGUAAAGAAAAUGUAAUUAAAUUAAAAAGGGUUUUGAAAACAGAAGGAUUUACAACAGACAACAUUCCACACCAUUGGCAUGACAUGCAAAAAUCACAAUACAAAUCUGUGCAGUUACAACAACAAUCCCAAGAAUUUCAGGAUGUCGUGAAGUCAGUAACAAAGUCAGAGAAUUUGGGAUUAAGAAGACAGAUUAAGAUUGUGAAGAUCGAAAGAUUGCAAAGCAUGUGUCUUUGGAAAAAUUAUAUGAUUAAAAAGCAACAGCUGGACGAUAAGAAUCCUCCUAGCACUAAUAAUGAACACAUCCUAUUUCAUGGAACAUCACAAGACACCCUUGAAUCAAUCAACCAUCAUGGAUUUAAUCGUAGUUAUGCAGGAAGGAAUGCCACAGCAUUGGGGAAGGGCACCUAUUUUGCUGUAAGUGCAACUUACUCUGCUCAGGAAACGUAUUCAAGGACUGAUCCUAAUGGAUUUAAGUAUAUGUAUCGUGCUCGAGUACUUACUGGAAUGUAUUGUCAAGGACAGUCAGGAAUGGUGACUCCCCCUUCAAAGUCUCCAACAAAUCCUACAGACUUGUAUGACAGCGUUGUUGAUAAUCAGCAAAACCCAACAAUGUUUGUCAUUUUCAAUGAUAUUCAAGCCUAUCCAGAAUACUUAAUCACCUUCACAUUAUAGAAUCAUUUCAGAUAGAAAAGCCCAUUACAUUGGCGUAUAUGUGUUCUCUUAAAUUUGUAUAACUCAACUAAAAUUGGUUCCAACUUUCUUAAUCUUUCAGUCAAUAUAGUAGUAUUGCUAUCCUGAAAUUAGAUUUUAGUUCAGGAAAAUAACUCUGAAUAGCUAUUGAAAUUAUUAGGUAGCAGGACCAGAAAACUUUAUUUCAGGUCUGAACAAUGAGAUCCAAUCCUGAUCAGAUUGAGAUUAAUUUCUGAAUUUGCUAUCUUUAAGUAUCUAACACAAAAUUAUCUUGGACAGUCUCAAGCCAGUUUCUAAUUGGCAUAGGACUUAAGAAUAAACUUCUGAGAGAAAUAACUCUAUUCUAGCAAAUAAAGAUUAUACCAAUUCUUUACAUAGUAUUUUUGAAAUAUAAGUUGAGAGUUUUUUGAAUUUUGGAGCUCCAAAUCUCAGGAGCAAAAUUUAUAUCAGCUCCCCUUGAAAUUGCUGUAAUGUUUCCACGUGUUUUUAGUAAAGUGCAGUUUCCCAAAAUAAUUCAAGUCCACGCAUUGAUGUCAGGGCAACAUUACUGAAAAACCUCACAAAAUAUUGAAGUUAAAAGGAAAGCCCCGCUGUCUAACUGUAGCUUAAUUGCUGGUAUUUGAUGUUUGUCCUUGCCAUUUUUGAUUAGAUCAUCACCAGGUGAAUUCCCGUAACUUUAUUUGGCAACCAAUAUUGGAUGUAAUUGUGAUAAUUCUUGCAUCCGUGAACUACUUGACAGUUAACUAGAGCAGAUCCAUGAUCAUUUCUGAUGUUAGCUUCCUUGGUUGGGAAUUGCUCAUUCAAAGUGAAAGUGAAUGGGUUAAAAUGAAUAAAUAAGCAGUGGUAAGGCCAGUACUGAUAUGUAUGCCUGUGGUUUAACUUUAUUUGAAAAUGCUCCUAAUUAGAACACUUAAUGGGGAAGCAGAAAUCAGAAAUUCAAGUGGAGAUGACCCACUGGAUCUGGGCUUGUCUGAAUACUCAACAUAAGACUGGAGGUGGUUUCAGAAACAUAGAAAAUGACGCAGGGAAAGUGAACAUAUUUCAGGUGGGCUAGAGUAGAGGAAACUUCAGCUUUCAUUUUUAAAAAUUAGGUUAACUGCACUGUCUGAGAGGAGUACUUCAAGACAUGAAGCUAAUAAACUCAUUGGUUGAGGUGUUUCUAUUUGCAAUCAUAUAAAAGCAACUCAUCUUUUCAACUUUAAUUGACAAGGCCAAAGUUCAAUCUCAUUUGAUCAUUUUCUCUCUUGGUGUAAAGCUAUAGUUUAGGCCUUCAUAACUGCGAAGACAAUAUAUGCAAAGAACCAUUAGUAUUUGCUAAUAUUCUCCUUUAUUUAGUAAUUAAUGGAUUUCAAUAAUUUUUGACAAAAGAAAGAAUUGCUGAAACCUAUUGAUGCCAAAUUCACUAACUAUCAGUGACUGCUUUGAAAUAUUCAAAUAUAUCACAUUCUUCCUGUUUGCAAUUUAUGUUCAUGAUUGUCAUGCAAAAUUAGAAAUGUGAUUUUCAUUUUGUAUUAAUGCUCUGAUUAAAGGUUUAUGACAUGCUUGUAAGGUAUUUUAUACAGAAUUAAUAAAACUACUGGAUAUCUCCUAAACAGAA